GGAAGUGCCUUAAAAGGGGGUUCAUAUCUUGUCUUGUAGGCAGCUGGGACAAUGUUCUACGCCCAUUUUGUACUGAGCAAGCGUGGGCCGCUGGCUAAAAUCUGGCUAGCGGCCCAUUGGGAUAAAAAACUAACUAAAGCUCAUGUAUUCGAGUGUAAUCUAGAAAGCAGUGUGGAAAGUAUCAUUUCACCUAAGGUGAAAAUGGCACUUCGAACUUCAGGACAUCUUUUAUUGGGAGUUGUUAGAAUUUACCACAGAAAAGCUAAAUAUCUUCUUGCAGACUGUAAUGAAGCCUUCAUUAAGAUCAAGAUGGCUUUUCGUCCAGGUGUUGUUGAUCUGCCUGAGGAAAAUAGAGAGGCUGCGUACAAUGCUAUCACCUUACCUGAGGAAUUUCAUGAUUUUGACCAGCCACUGCCUGAUCUAGACGAUAUUGAUGUGGCCCAGCAGUUCAGUUUGAACCAGAGUAGAGUGGAAGAAAUUACAAUGAGAGAAGAAGUGGGAAAUAUCAGCAUCCUUCAAGAUAAUGACUUUGGUGACUUUGGAAUGGAUGAUCGUGAGAUGAUGAGAGAAGGUAGUGCAUUUGAAGAUGACAUGUUAGUGAGUACUGGUGCUUCCAAUCUCUUGCUGGAACCUGAGCAGAGCACUAGUCAUCUUAAUGAGAAAGCUAACCACCUAGAAUAUGAAGACCAAUACAAGGAUGACAACUUUGGAGAAGGGAAUGAUGGAGGAAUAUUGGAUGAUAAACUUCUCAGUAAUAAUGAUGGCGGUAUCUUUGAUGAUCCACCUGCUCUCGCAGAAGGUGGAGUAAUGAUGCCAGAACAGCCUGCCCAUGAUGAUAUGGAUGAUGAUGAUAAUGUAUCAAUGGGUGGACCAGACAGCCCAGAUUCAGUAGAUCCAGUAGAACCAUUACCUACUAUGACGGAUCAAACAACACUGGUUCCAAAUGAAGAGGAAGCUUUUGCUUUGGAGCCAAUUGACAUCACUGUCAAGGAAACUAAAGCUAAGAGGAAGAGAAAAUUGAUUGUAGACAGUGUGAAGGAGUUGGAUAGCAAGACUAUCCGAGCCCAAUUAAGUGACUAUUCUGAUAUUGUCACCACUUUGGACUUGGCACCUCCCACCAAGAAACUGAUGAUGUGGAAAGAAACUGGGGGAGUUGAAAAGCUUUUCUCUCUGCCUGCUCAGCCUUUGUGGAACAAUAGAUUAUUGAAGCUUUUUACUCGGUGUCUAACGCCUCUUGUACCUGAAGACCUUAGAAAGAGAAGGAAAGGUGGAGAAGCUGAUAACCUGGAUGAGUUCCUUAAAGAUUUUGAAAAUCCAGAGGUACCCAGAGAAGAACAGCAACAGCAGCAGCAGCAGCAACAGCGGGAUGUCAUUGAUGAGCCUAUCUUGGAAGAGCCAAGCCGCCUACAAGAAUCCGUGAUGGAAGGCAGCAGAACAAAUUUGGAUGAAUCUGUAAUGCCACCCCCACCACCACAAACAGGAGUAAAGCGCAAGGCUCAGCAAGUGGAACCCGAACCUGUGUUACCUCCUCAACCAAUGCCACAGCUGGAAAUGCCGCAAGUAGAAAUGCCUCCAGAAGAGCCUCAAAACAUAUGUCAGCUAAUACCAGAGCUGGAGCUCUUGCCAGAGAAGGAAAAGGAGAAAGAGAAGGAGGAGGAGGAGGAGGAAGAGGAAGAAGAUGGUACGGGGGGUGAUCAAGAUCAAGAAGAAAGAAGAUGGAAUAAAAGAACUCAGCAGAUGCUUCAUGGUCUUCAGAGAGCUCUUGCUAAGACUGGAGCAGAAUCUAUCAGUUUGCUGGAGCUGUGCAGAAAUACAAAUAGAAAACAAGCAGCAGCAAAAUUCUACAGUUUCUUGGUACUUAAAAAACAACAAGCUAUAGAGCUGACACAGGAAGAGCCUUACAGUGACAUCAUUGCAACACCUGGUCCCAGAUUCCAUAUUAUUUGAGUGGUGAGAUACAGCAGAGCUAGUGUUAAUUUCACUAGUGCGUACAUAUUGCCCCAUGUGUAGGGCCUACAGAUUUAGAAAAUUUUGGAUUUUAUUGUCUGUACAAAGUCUUUUUUCUUUUUGGUUUUUGUAUUUUACCACUUCUGAUUUUAGUGACACUGCUGGGGUGGGUGACUUGAGUUUCAAUUGCAGAAGCAAGACAAACAACUCAAGGACCCAGAGACAAAGAUUGUUUUAAAGAUUAAGAGCAGAUGUGUGCAAUAUUGGUGCAUGUCAUAUUGAGUAACAAUGGAAAUGACUCACUAUAAUUUGAUUUGCUUUAUUCAGCAAUGAUAUUUUAACCUGCACAAGUAAACCUGAAUGGCCAAUCUAUUGUCUGAUUAAAAAUUUUUGCCAAAUUUGUCCAAAAAUGUCAGUCUGCUUUCCAUACUAGUGAUUUUUUUUCCUUCCCUAGAUCUUUGUCAGUAUCUUCCUUUGUACCAUGGGUGGUGUUACAGCUGCCGGUAUGAAUGGUAGUGCCUCAUAUGUUGGCUUGUUGUCACUGCAAUUUUUUGCAGUAGGACCUCAUAGCCUUUUGAUGCUAAAGGGAAACGGGUGUCUCUGGAAAACACUUCUUCUAAUUGAUCCUAUUGCUUACAGAAAGGACAGACCACAUAUUGAAUGUUUUAAGACAAAACAUUCCUUUUACUUAUCGCUUUCACUGCGGUCCACUACUGGUAAUGGCUAAUUACUGUUAAUAGGCAGGCAAUAAACAUUUUAGUAAUUUCAUUUAAACUUUAAAAUAUCAAUGUUGUAGAGCUGUGUACAAAGUCCAUACUUUUAAAAACAGACUUCUAGAUUGUAAAUUAUCUGAUCUUUUUUUAUUCUUUUUUAUUAAACAAAGAUAUGAACGUAAGAGAAGUUGGACAAGUUGCCUUUGUAAAAAUGCUUAAUUUAGACACCACCUAUAUUGAAAUGGCAGCAGACUAAAUAUACCAUACAAGCAGGCAUAGUUCCAUUUAAUAAAACUAAUAUUGCGUAAAGUGUACUAAUGGCUCUUCAGAGAUAUUUAUGGUUUUAGUAUCAGUUUUCCAAUAAUGCACACUCCUCUGUUCAAAAUGUAUUUAACAGCUUUGCAGAAGUCCUAUUUGGUUUUACUAUAAAGAAUGCAGCUUUACUGUUAGGACCAGAUAGCACAACAAAUUAUGUGAAUAUGUUGAUUAUGGAAACACGUCUUAACUUUUUUUUUUUUUUUUUAAGGGCAAAAUUAACACUGAAAGUUCUGGUUUUAAUGUUGGCACUUUUGUGAAAUUAUUCUUUUUUGGGACUGAAAUUUCAGUGUAUAAUCAAGUGUAAAAUUAUGUGAAUGUUUUAAAAAUUGAGACUACAUAAUGACCAUGUUUUAAUAAAUCUUGAAAAAGUUAAUUGUAUAAAAUAGUUAUUGCAGCUUUAUUUUCAACAUGAUGUGCCUGUAAAACCAUGAUUUUCCCCUUUGUAAAAAGAGACAUUGUAGAUAACUUGAAUGUUUAAUUAUAGAAAAGGUCAUUAGUUUUUCUUGUUACACGUUUUGUUAGUCUGUUUUUUGUUGCUUUUCAGGGUUAAUAUUCUUGAAAAUAGUUGAUGCUGUUAUGUAUAACUUUUCUAAUAAAAGUUGUGUUAUAAGCUGUUAUAUUAGUGCUGUAACUU